GACUGAAUGACUGAUUGAAUGAUUGAAUGAUUUGAUCACAAAUGGAGUCAAAUAGCAGUGAAUUAGUGAAUGGUUUGAAUGAAUCCACCGAUGAUUUGGUCACCAAAUUGUCGGCCACUGAAGACAAACUUCAAAAGUUUAAGGCAUUGGCCGUCAAACUGAAGAAAGAGCUGAAUGACACCAAACAACAGCUAUCAAAGUCAUUGUCCGAUUGCAAUGAAUUCAAAGCUCAGCUCAAGACUCAGGACAGGGAGAAGAUAUCGUCGUCCUAUCAGCAGAUAGUCUUGAAUUUUCAGAGUUUGCAAUCAGAAUACGACAAAAUCCAAGACGAAAGCGAUUCCCUUAAGACUAGAAACAAAGAACUCGAACGCGAUUUAAGCGAUGGUCUCAAUGAGUUGACACGAGUCCGACAGGAGUUGGAGGAAACUAAGGAUCAAAUCGAUGGACUCAACGGUUGUGUCGCUUCUCUCAAAGAAGACAAACAGUGUUUAGAAGUCAGGAAAAGAGAGUUUGAAUCGAAAGUAAUUGUAUUGCAGAAUGAGUUGGAUUUGGAGCGCAAGAGGAAUGUGGCGAACACUGGAUUAGAGCAGACCAUCGCUGAACUCCACCACCAAUUGGAUGAGAAGACCACUGAGAUUAUAGAUCUAAGCGAUCGCUUUGAGACCACUAAACAAGACAUCAAACAAUUUGAUGAAUUAGUUGUUGAGAAACAGGAACUCAUGUCUCGCGUCGAGUCCUUAGAAAAGGAGAAUUCACUUCUUAAAGAAGAUGUCCAGAAGUAUAGCGAAACACUUGAGACACAAUUGUCUGAAAUAGAAAAUUAUAAGAUUAAGAGCUCUGAGUGGACGGCACUGAUCCACAGUCUCGAGACUCAAUCCAAGACAUCGAAUGAGUUGUUCAAUAAGACUAUAAAGAGUUUAGAGACAAAAGUACAUGAAUUGCAAACACAUGUGAAUGGUUUGGAAAAAGAGUUGAUCGCCAAAGACGAGAAGUUCGAGGAAUACAAACACAGAGUUUGUAAAGUUCUUAAACAACAAAAUGAUAACCAAAACAGUGAUCGCAACUCAAAACAAAUUCACGCGUUUGAGACAACGAUAGAGAAUUUGAACUUAGAAUUAAACUCUUUGAAAAUUAACGAAUUUAAGAGUGAAAAUGAAAAACUCAAGUCUUUGGCCCGAGAACUGCAAUCAUCGCUCAAAACUUCAGUUUCUCCGACUUCGAUGUCCGGUAAUAUUCUUCAAGAAAUACUUUAUUCCACUGAAACUCAAGAGAUGAGGCCGUUGAAUCAAGACUUUACUAAACACUUAACUGCGGCUCAAAACAAAGUGGAAAACUUAACGCAGCUAUUGGAAGAGAGCGAAAGCAAUAAUAUGUUAAUAAGUGAACAAAACAGAGUAUUAAAAGAGGAGAUCCGAAGACUUGAACGCAGUAUUGAACGCAUAGAGAUGGCCGACAAUCUGGAGUAUCUCAAGAAUAUUAUUGUUAAGUUCAUUACUCUUAACGGAGAGGACGAAAGACAACGACUUAUUCCGGUUUUGACAACAAUUUUGAAGUUAAGUCCAGACGAACAGAGUUUGUUUCAAACGUUCACUUCAAUCGACCAAAACAUUAACCAAAACAAGUGGACAGACUAUCUCUACAACUGGACGGCCGAUAAUAAAUGAUUUUUAUCUGUGAUUUAAGUUAAUUUUAUUUAUAAGUAAUUAUGUUUUUGUCUUUUCAUAAUAUAUUUAAAUGUUUUAUCGAUAAAUAAAUUUAUUUUUACAAAUAUUUAC